AUGAAGGACUCACAGGAGGCAUCUAUAUCAUCUGUGAGUUCAACAGAGAGUGAAGAUGAUCUGAGGAUUGUGCUGCUGGGAAAAACUGGAGUCGGAAAAAGUGCAACUGGAAACACCAUCUUAGGAAGAAAGAAGUUUACAGCAGAAACAUCUCAAGAGUCUGUUACUAAAGAGUGUCAGAGAGAAACAGCUGAAAUCAACAGCAGACACAUUACUGUGAUCGACACUCCAGGACUGUUUGAUACUGAACUCACUAAUGAAGAAAUACAGAGAGAAAUCAGCAACUGCAUCUCCAUGAUCCUGCCUGGACCACAUGUGUUCAUCAUUGUGCUCAAUUUAGGACAAAGAUUCACCAAAGAAGAGGCAACAGCUGUGGAGAUCAUCAAGGAGACGUUUGGAGAGAAAUCAUUAAUGUUCACCAUGGUGCUCUUCACCAGAGGAGAUGAUCUGAAGAACAAAACCAUUGAACAGUGUUUGGGAAAACCUGGAUCUGCUCUGAAUCAGCUGAUUGAAUCAUGUGGAAACAGAUUCCAUGUGUUCAAUAAUAAAGAGACUGGAGACCAAACACAGGUGACUGAUCUACUGCAGAAGAUAGACAACAUGGUGAAAGCAAACGGAGGGAGUUACUACUCAUGUAAGAUGUUCAGAGAGAUGGAAAGACAAAUACAAGAA